CCUUCCCGCGGCGGCGCAGGGCACCCAGGCCGGCGGCGGAGGCGGCGCGGAAGGCGCGGAGCGGACGGAGGGGCGGAGGCCGGCCAUGGUCAUCAAGGCGGACGAGAUGACGGCGGCGGCGAGCCAGGCGGAGCGGGGCCAGGAGCAGCCCCAGCGCGGCGCAGAGGAACAUCUGUCCAGCAUGGUCCUGACAAAUGGCAAUAGUUUGCACGAGAACCACAAGGAGGAACCCAAACAGAACGGCCAUGAAGAGCCAGACCACAUGGAAGAGGGCAGUGACCAAGAGGUGAUCGUCAUCCAGGACACAGGCUUCACAGUUAAAAUCCAUGCACCGGGAGUAGAACCGUUUCCACUGCAAGUCUCCCCUCAAGAGAUGGUCCAGGAGAUCCACCAAGUUUUGAUGGACCGCGAGGACACCUGCCACCGGACGUGUUUCUCUCUCCAGCUGGAUGGCAACGUCCUGGAUAACUUUGCGGAGCUGAAGACCAUCGAAGGGUUACAAGAAGGCUCCUUGCUGAAAGUAGUUGAAGAACCGUACACAGUCCGAGAAGCCAGGAUACACGUCCGUCACAUCCGAGACCUUCUCAAGAGCCUUGACCCCUCGGACGCUUUCAAUGGUGUUGACUGUAACUCGCUGUCGUUCCUCAGUGUCUUCACUGAAGGAGAUCUUGGAGACAGUGGCAAGCGGAAGAAGAGAGGUACUGAGAUGGAGCAGAUCGACUGCACCCCUCCAGAACACAUCCUGCCGGGUGGCAAAGAGAGACCCCUCUGUCCCCUCCAGCCCCAGAACAGAGACUGGAAGCCUUUGCAGUGCCUAAAAGUUUUGACCAUGAGCGGCUGGAACCCUCCUCCAGGCAACCGCAAAAUGCACGGAGACCUCAUGUACUUGUACGUCAUCACAGUGGAAGACCGGCAUGUCAGCAUCACAGCAUCCACCCGAGGGUUUUACCUCAAUCAGUCGACUGCAUACAGCUUCAACCCUAAGCCAGCCAACCCCAGCUUCUUAAGCCAUUCCCUGGUAGAGCUGCUGAACCAGAUCAGCCCCACCUUUAAAAAAAACUUUGCUACUCUGCAGAAGAAACGGGUUCAGAGGCACCCAUUUGAGCGGAUUGCCACCCCUUUCCAAGUGUACAGCUGGACAGCACCCUUAGCUGAACAUGCCAUGGACUGCGUGAGAGCCGAAGACGCAUACACCUCAAGGCUGGGCUACGAGGAGCACAUCCCAGGACAGACCAGAGAUUGGAAUGAAGAACUGCAAACUACCAGAGAACUGCCACGUAAAAACCUGCCAGAAAGGCUGUUGAGGGAACGAGCCAUUUUUAAGGUUCACAGCGACUUCACUGCAGCUGCCACAAGAGGUGCAAUGGCUGUCAUAGAUGGCAACGUGAUGGCCAUCAACCCCAGCGAGGAGACUAAGAUGCAGAUGUUCAUCUGGAACAACAUCUUCUUCAGCUUGGGCUUUGACGUCCGUGACCACUACAAGGAUUUUGGUGGGGACGUUGCCGCCUACGUGGCCCCAACCAAUGACCUCAAUGGGGUCCGGACGUACAAUGCAGUGGAUGUUGAGGGGCUGUACACGUUGGGGACUGUGGUAGUUGACUAUAGAGGUUACCGGGUGACUGCCCAAUCCAUCAUCCCAGGCAUCUUGGAGCGCGAGCAGGAGCAGAGUGUUGUUUAUGGCUCAAUAGACUUUGGCAAGACAGUUGUUUCUCAUGCCAAAUACUUGGAGCUGCUGGAGAAGACCAGCCGGCCCUUGAAGAUCCAGAAGCACAAAGUACUGAACGACAAGAAUGAGGAGGUGGAGCUGUGCUCAUCAGUGGAGUGCAAAGGCAUUGUUGGCAAUGAUGGGCGCCACUACAUCCUCGACCUACUCCGCACCUUUCCCCCGGACCUCAACUAUUUGCCCAUGGAGGGGGAGGAGAUGCCUGAAGAGUGUCAGAAAAUGGGCUUCCCCAAACAGCACCGGCACAAGCUUUGCUGUCUCCGGCAAGAGCUGGUGGAUGCCUUUGUGGAGCACAGGUACCUCCUCUUCAUGAAGCUGGCUGCGCUGCAGCUCAUGCAGCAGAAAGCGAACAAGCAGGAGGAGAGCAGCGCCUUGCUGGAAAACGGGAGCGGCCCCACUUCCCCCUUUCCAGAGAGCAGGCUGGAGGAUGGCAAGAAGUCCCCCUUAGAAGACGGCAAGGUGGAGGACAAUGCGGCCGAGUUGGACCAGGUGAAGGAGCUCACAGAGACUAUUGCAUCAGACGACGGAGCAGUGGACCCCAAAAGCAGAGAAGUGAUUCAAAAUGCCUGCAAGGCCGUUGGCUCCAUCAGUAACAUGUCCUUUGAUAUCCGCUUUAAUCCAGACAUCUUCUCGCCAGGGGUCCGCUUUCCUGACUCCAGCAAAGACCAGAUCCAGGAUCAGAAGCAGUUACUGAAGGAUGCUGCAGCUUUCCUGGUGUCGUAUCAAAUUCCAGGCUUGGUCAAAGACUGCCUUGACCACACCAUGUUGCCAAUGGAUGGUGCCACCUUGGCAGAAGCCAUGCACCAGCGGGGCAUCAACAUGCGCUACUUGGGAAAAGUAGUUGACUUCAUCACCAAGACCCCUGCCCGGACUCAGCUGGAUCACGUCUACAAAAUAGGAAUCAUGGAACUGAUCACUCGGUCGGCCAAGCACAUAUUCAAGACAUACCUUCAGGGUGUGGAGCUGUCAGGCUUGUCAGCCGCCAUCAGCCACUUCCUCAACUGCUUCCUAAGCUCCUUCCCGAACCCAGUUGCUCACCUUCCCACAGAUGAACUGAUCUCCAAGAAGAAGAAUAAGAGGCGGAAAAACCGGAACCUGGGCAAUGCGGAUAACACCACCUGGGCCAGCAUGAGCCCCCAAGAGCUGUGGAAGAACAUUUGUGCAGAAGCGAAGGCUUACUUUGACUUCAGCCUGGAAUGUGAGAGUGUUGACCAAGCAGGGGAAGUGUACAGUCUGCAGAAAGUCACCCUCCUUCGUGAGAUCUCCCUCAAAACUGGAAUCCAGAUCCUGCUGAAAGAGUACAAUUUUGAUAACCGACACAAGCCAACCUUUACUGAGGAGGACAUCUUGAACAUCUUUCCUGUGGUCAAACACGUCAACCCCAAAGCCUCAGAUGCAUUCCACUUCUUCCAGAGUGGGCAAGCGAAAGUCCAGCAAGGUUUCUUGAAAGAGGGCUGUGAGCUCAUCAGCGAAGCCUUAAACCUGUUCAAUAACGUGUACGGCGCGAUGCACGUGGAGAUCUGUGCCUGCCUGCGGCUCCUGGCGCGCCUGAAUUACAUCAUGGGAGACUACUCAGAGGCCUUAAGUAACCAACAGAAAGCGGUGCUAAUGAGCGAAAGGGUACUUGGCAUUGAGCAUCCUAACACAAUUCAAGAAUAUAUGCACCUUGCUUUGUACUGCUUUGCGAACAGCCAGCUCUCCACCGCGCUCAGCCUCCUCUAUCGCGCGCGCUACCUCAUGCUGUUGGUGUUUGGAGAAGAUCACCCAGAAAUGGCCCUCUUGGAUAACAAUAUCGGAUUAGUCCUCCACGGAGUUAUGGAGUACGACCUCUCUCUCCGGUUUCUGGAGAAUGCACUAGUGAUCAACUCCAAGUAUCACGGCGCCAAAUCCCUGAAAGUUGCACUCAGUCACCACUUGGUAGCCCGGGUGUACGAGAGCAAAGCUGAAUUUCGGUCAGCUCUGCAGCAUGAGAAGGAAGGCUAUACAAUCUACAAAAAUCAGCUUGGUGAGCAACAUGAGAAGACCAAAGAAAGCUCCGAGUACUUGAAAUACCUGACUCAGCAGGCCGUGGCCUUGCAACGCACAAUGAAUGAGAUCUACAAGAAUGGCUCCAAUGCUAACAUCAUGCCCUUGAAAUUCACAGCACCCAGUAUGGCCAGCGUCCUGGAGCAGUUGAACAUCAUCAAUGGGAUACUCUUCAUUCCACUAAGCCAAAAAGACUUGGAGAACCUUAAAGCAGAGGUACAGCGACGCCAGCAACUUCAAGAGGCACUCAAGACCAGCAGUCAGUCAGAGCCUGAAGACAAAUCCCCGGAAGCGAGAGCCUCUGAACUGAGGCUGCCUUUGGCCGAAGCCCCCUGGCCUACUUAAGUCAUAGCCCUUGCCAUUGGAGCUGUUCCUUGGGUGGUUCAGCCUCCCCCGCUCCCAGGGCAGCUUUUCUUUAGCAAUGUAUGUGGGUAUUUUUUCCCCCAUUUGCACUGGUACAAUACAAAGAACUAAAAUUUGAAAAAUAAACUUAUCUGUCUAAAUGGGUGACUGCCACACAAAGGGAGGUGCAGCAGCCAAUGCCAGAAUAUCCUAAGGAGAGGGGAGAUGCAGCCUAGGGAAGCCAGUUUUGGAGUGGUGGGAGAGAGGCACGUGUGUAUGCCUGUACCAUCCGUCCACUUCUACUGUGUGUACAUAAGAGAUUUAAUUCUGAGUUACAAUAACAUUUCUCAGGUCAUUUUUAUGUUGACAAAGAAUGCUGAACUUUGCAAAGAAAAUCACUCUUGCCCCUAUUCUGAAGUUUGCUCUUUCUCUCUUUCCCCCUUCCCCUCCUUCCAAGCUUUGAUCCUCCACCCUGUUUAGGUGAUCAGAAAAUGGUCUAUACGUAUUAUAUAUUAAAUACAAAUUCAGCCAUAUUUUUUAACAAAACUCCUUUAGGAUUAGUGAGAAAGCAGAGCUGGAUCAAAGAGAGAUGGCAGAGAAAAUGUUCCUGUUGAGGAGAUAGCCAUUCAUUUUUUGAGGUUGUGUCCCCCCCCCCCGCCCCCCUUUGGCCAGCUCAGAGUGACGUGGGCGUGUGGAUGAGUUUUUGUGACUUUUCAUAGCCUCUGCAGGGUUUGUGCGUGUCUUUGUUCUGUUUGGUCUUGUGGCACUGAACUUGCUGAAACCCCCCUUCUCCUGCUACUUAUUUUUGUUGGGGGAGGGCUAGUGUGCACUAGAAGUUCACAUCCAAAGAAUACUUUUAUGGAAUGUCCCCCAUCCAACCUUAAUCUUAAAAGGCAGCCACCACUAUAUACCCCCCUCGACCCCCUUCCAAGCCUGAGACAAACAGAAUGUAUAGGAGCCAUGGCUGUAGCCGUGGGCCUUGACUGCAAGCCCCCUCGUGCCCGUCAGUCUCUUCCAGGCAUCCCAAAUCGUUGCUGUGAUGUCUGUAAUGUUUCUGCCUCCACCAGCACCGAGACUCUCGACUCUCACAGUGAAGUGAAUUGCACAAAACAAAACCCCAGUCUUGGAAAAUGUCUCUCAAGAAUUGCUGUAGGUCUGGGGUUGGGUAAGGAGAUGUGGAAGAGAGGAAGAUGCUGUCAUUCAAGCCUUAGGUGGUUGUCUUGAACUGAAUCAAUGUUUUAUUUUACCUGUGAAUGUAUUAAAAUGAAAAUCAUGAAUCAAGUCUUCUCCAAACUAAGCAAGAUUCUCCCUCCCCCACCUUUACUUUCUCAUCUCUCUUGGUGAAAUCUAUUAAUUAUAGCACUGAAAAAUUAUUUUUGUUUUUGGUCUCAUGGCCCUUCUCCUCCUCCCCGCUCCUCCAGAUUUGCGUCCUCUGUGUUGGUUUGGCACUAAAUUCCUAGGAAGGCCUCCAUUGCUGGCAAUGGCUGGCCCCCGCAAUGGCAGCCAUGCCAGUAGAACAGCCCCCCUCCCAACUGUAUCCUGGGGGAGAGGUCAGUGUUUUCCUUCAGUUCAUAUAGCUGCUGCUGCCAGCCCAAGCAAUUCCUGACUGGUGAGAAUGUUUCUCUUAUGACUAACGGAGAGGUUUCUUUCCAAGCCCCAAACGUAUCACCCUGUGGAAUCCAGAACGCACAAGUUCAAUUGCUCUUACCUUCCUUGCAGCUUGAUAACUUGAUUUAUUGUCAUCGCGUUGCUUCUUCUGUUCACUUUUUGUGAGAUCUGUGGGUUGCCUCAUCUGCUCAAAACUGGGAGCUCUCUUACUGUUGUGACCCAGGGUAUUGUGUUUGGGGGCUUUUAGCAACUUAGUGCAGGGAUGGGCAACCUGGGGUCCGUAUAGCCCGCCACCCCCCUUCCCUGUCACCUUUUGCAAUCCUGAAAGGGUCUCUGAUCAUCAUUUGAACCACGGGGUCUAUGGUUGCCAUGUCUGAGAGAAGACAGAAGGAUUUUCUGCCUGAACGAAACAGGCUUGGAAUCUCCUUGUAGCACAGAGGAGGCAAAGUUUUGUAGAGCAGGAUUGGGAGGGGCAGCGAAAACGAUGGCAGAUUCAUUAAUUUGGAGUACUGUUUUCCAACUGAGAAUCCAAAUGCCUCUGAGGAGUUCAGGUUGCCCAUUACUGCCCUAGUGACAAAGGGGUACGAAGCUGGAAUGCUUUGUUGUGGAAGGAGAACUUUGGUUUUGAUCCACAUUUAGGGGGAAGGGGGUGCAUUUUGAAUUUCCUGGGAAGUCUUUCAAUAAAUGAUUUCAAUGCA